UUGAGUUUGUGUAUUGAGAUGUUGUUUGAGACACAUUGUUAUAGUUUGAAGUAUUCUAGAUCUAGUUUGAUUAUAGAAUUGGUGUUGUUGGUUUUUGAAGCUUACCUCUGUUUAUGUAUUCUAUUAUAUGGCUGCUUCGGUCAAAGUAUGUUCCCUAAUGACUUAACCGGCAAGUGGACAGUGACUGGACAAAAAGACUUUGAUUUCAGUCAAACCUCGUUGCAGAACUACCCAAUUUGCCACACCGAGUCAAGCACGUGCGAGACGUUCCCUUCCACGUGGAAUGUCGUCUUCAAUGACAGCUAUAAGGUUGUUCUCAGGUCCCUUACAUUUCAACUGGCCAGCAAUGCGAAGGACACGAGUUUUCAACUGUACACAUGCCUCUAUCUUCAAAAAAUAGCAAACGGGAUGUAUCUUGCUUUCCAGAGCCCUCGACUCAAAAAUCGUUUUUACAAUGAUUACGUGCUGGAGCGAAUGGAAUUUGAAGAAUUCAGCAUUUCAGCCGUCUGCGACUUGCCAGAUAAUCCACUUCCGGCUGCCAGAAACUUCCUGCUUAUUAAAAAAGACUUUGUAAAUAUUCAGAAAUUGGAUCCUCAUGUGUGCCCUACAAAUCUAAUGGGCAACUUUUCAGGGCUGGAGGAUGGGCAGGAGGAUGGUAUUGUGUGCUGGGCAAAGAUUGAAGCCUGUGCCUACGACGGCACUUUUCUUGCUACCACGAACUGCACAGGUGGUAUGUUUAAUAUACCCAGAAGAUUAUUUAUAGGCGCUAUCAAAUUGAAGUGUCUGUACAGCCAAAACGAGGCGGGUACUGAAAGAGUAACUGUUCUGUUUCUCUCCAACAAUGAGAUCUUUCUCUCAAGCGUGUCUCUGCAUUUUACUGAUGACAGUCAGCGGGAGCUGAUCGUGAAGCAAUUUGUGAAAGAGAAACUGUCUGUAGACAGUAACAAGGAUGAACUGUACCGUUUCCAGCUAUCUGGUGAGUCUACAGUCUACAUUGGUCGUUGUGGCUCGUGUCUGCAUAUCACUGGCUAG